UACAUAUCAAGCAUACAUCUCCCACAAUCUGCUGCUGUUUGGGUUGCAGUGGAAUAGGAGGGUCUACGGUGCCGUGGAAGUGAAGUAGCAGGCGGGGUGGCAGUGGCACAGCAGUUGAAGGCAGGGCGGCACAGGAAAGGCGUGCGUACCGAAGGGACGCGUUGAUUGACAGUCCGAGGCACUGCGCCCCGUGCGGCACUCAAACGGAGCACGCUAAUCCCCCGUACUCGUCUCGUCAAAGGCAUCCCUGCCAGAUCAGCCUGGCGCAAAUAAAUGAGGCUUCAUCCAUCCAUUGGACUCGGUACUUGGAGUCUCCCUGCCGAAUGAACGACAAAAGGGAACACGGCAGCUCUGCUACCCUGUCCCGUCUGCUUUACCUGUUCAGUCAUAACUGGUCACAGUGCUGGGAUAACGUGGCGUCUCAAAGUCUCCUGGAAACGGGUGUGGAUGGACAAAAAGGUCCGGUUGCACUUUGCAAUCUGUGCCAAAUGAAGAUUUUGUCGGUUCGUUUUUUAAUGGAGUAAAAAGGACUGCGACUUGCUUUCGGGACCUUUUUUGGAGGUUAAUUUUUGUUUUUUUGUUAAUUUCCACACAAUUGCGAUGCGUUUGUGAGUCAAGUUACACACCCUGGAGCCUGGAAGCACCGCUUUUCAUUCUUUCAAAUUGGAAUAACGGCCAGAUCAGGAGCCUCUCUCGGGAGGAAUUUGGGUGCGUAAUUUGUGCGGUUGUUGAGCAGCAGAAGUAGUUGUGCCUCCCUUAUUUUCUUAUUUCUUUUCUUACAUUUAUUCCCCAAUUUUCAUGGAAUAGGCUUAAGCACAAGUACAGACUUAUUCUCUGUCGCCUGGAACAAACAGGCGGAUCUGAUGCGCAGAUUCUCCGUAGGAUGGUAAAUGACCAAUGGGGAAUCAUGAACAGCUCUUCUGAACUCGAAGAUGGGACUCGGCAUAAAAACCAGACGUUCUGUGAGUGUGUGCCCAGCUCCUCCCAGCUCAAACAUCGCUGGUCAGACUCAGAAACUGCCAGGGAGACCCCGGCCAAGAGGAUGAGCUGCAGCUACCUGCUCUGCACUAUCCUGCUCUUCGUGGCUGUUUUGCUGGCUGUCACUGUAACUGGCACCAUCCUUUUUAUGAAUCACUACCAAGCCCCACCUAUGUCUGAUGGCCUACCCCAUAUCUCGACCAAUCAGGAUGAAGCCAAUGCCCUGGUCACCGUUGAGAGAGGCGACGGCUCUCGUAUCAACAUCUUCAUCGACCCAAACUGUCCUGACUACAACAGUAACUUUUUGCGCCUGGAAGGUGUGCAGACGUCCCUGCUUCACUCACUAACCGACCACGACUCUGACCUGAAGUCUGUGAAAGGCCAGGAUCGGGCUCUUCUUGUCAGUCUUGCUGAGGAGGUGGCCAAGCUGUCAGCUCAUGCGGGGCAACUGAAAAUGGACUAUGAAUCCUUACGCAGGGGACAGGGCAGCUUGGGGCAAGACCUCAACACACUGCAGACGGAGCAAGGACGCCUCAUACAGCUGCUGUCAGACAGUCAAAUCAACAUGGUGAAGGUAGUGAACUCAGUGAGUGAUGCUCUCAACGCCAUGCAGAAGGAGAACGUGGGCCUGAAGGCGCGUGUCAAGGCCGACUUACAGAGGGCACCGGUCAGAGGGGCCCGUUUCAAGGGCUGCGCCAAUGGCUCACGUCCCCGUGACUGUGGUGAUCUGUACGCCAGUGGUCAAAGAGAGGACGGCAUCUACUCCGUGUUUCCUAUUCACCACCCCGCAGGCUUCCAGGUCUACUGUGACAUGACCACAGAUGGAGGAGGCUGGACGGUGAUCCAGCGCAGGGAGGAUGGCUCAGUAAACUUCUUCAGAGCCUGGGAGUCUUAUCGUGAGGGAUUUGGCAAGAUCACCGGUGAACACUGGCUCGGGCUGAAGCAGAUCCAUGCCCUGUCCAUCCAGGCGAACUAUGAGCUACGUAUCGACUUGGAGGACUUUGAAAAUAGCACCGCUUAUGCCCAGUAUGGAACCUUUGGAGUGGGCCUCUUCUCAGUAGACCCUGAUGAUGAUGGAUAUCCUUUGACUGUGGGAGACUAUUCUGGCAAUGCAGGUGACUCUCUGCUGAAGCACAAUGGGAUGAAGUUCACUACCAAAGACCGAGAUAACGACCACUCAGAGAACAACUGCGCCUCCUUCUACCACGGUGCUUGGUGGUACCGCAACUGCCACACCUCCAACCUUAACGGCCAGUACCUGCGCGGCCAGCACACCUCCUACGCCGAUGGCAUCGAGUGGUCCUCCUGGACGGGCUGGCAGUACUCUCUCAAGUUCUCCGAGAUGAAGAUACGACCUACCCGCGAUUCAGAGAAUAAAUAAGCUAGAGAAGAAGAAGGAGAAAGUAGAAAAAAAGAAGACUUUUUUUAAAACCACAAUUUCUGACAGCUAGGCAGAGUUACUUGUCCUGAUAUAGUUUAUUCACUAAUACAUACCUCCUUUGAGUUUAUAAGACUCUGCUGUUUGCCCAUUGUCCCUUUUUUCAGAAAAAAAUAAUAAUAAUGCAACCAUCUUUUUCUUUUUUUGUUUAUCAUUCACUUCACAAAAACAGCAAACCACAGCUUCAAACCCACAGUCUACUGCGCUAGCUUUAUUCAGUCUGACAUGGUGGCCUGCUGGACCACACACCAGUAAUUCACUCCUGACAUGUAACUCUGACCUCACUUCUGUGCUGACAUGGCACUUUGAUUGUGGUUCAGUCUCACUGCCCCUUGCUGUUUAAUAGAUGAAUAGAUAGGGUUUCUCCAAAUAUAGUAGAAACAGGCAAACCUUAAAAAAAUAAGGAAAGGAGAUAUACAUUUUCUGCAAAGGAAGUCCACAGCGCAGUGGUACACAACGUCACAUUUACAUCCUUGAUCUGUGUGAAUGAGACCCAGCAGGGUUGUGGCAAAAAGUGCGGGGCCGCAGAUAAUAAGAGGGAGACAGAGACGGAGAGAGUGAGGAAACAAUUUGACAAGAGUUAAUUUAGUCGAAGGAAAGGGGGGCGGAGUGAAUCAAAGGGGAAGUGAGGAAGUGGAAGAAGAGGUGUAAAAAGUAUGAUAAAGAAAAAUGAGAAAAAGAACAAGACAACGGAGGAUUUCAUUCAUCUGACUUGGGCCAUUAGGGAGCAUAUUGGGCACUUUGUCUGAUCUGCCUGCCAGCUGAGUACUGGCCAACUGAUGCAGCACUCACAGAUGGUAACCCAGCACUUUGUGUGUUUGUGUGCGUGUGUUUGCGUGUAUGUGUGUGUGUGUGUGUCUACAACAGAGAGAGACAGACAGACAGAGUUCUCUAACAUUAUCAAUUUCCUGUCAUGAGUUCACUAGAGCAUCUCAACUGACUACAAUGUUUAGCACAGAUGGACUAAAUAUGAUGCAUGGCUAGCAUAGCUUCACACUCUCCAUUUAUGUAGUUAACAUGAAACAACAAAGCCUGUAAUGUAUGUUGAUGUAAUGGGAAGGAAAAGACGUUGACAACUAUUGGAGGAGACCAUUGGGAUCACAGGAUGAAAAAGGAGCAAAAGACUGCCUCAUACCUUCAUCAGCCAAUAUUUUAUCUUGGACCUGUUGAGGAAAUAUGACAUGUUUUUGCCCCCAUUCCCAACUAUUUGGUUUCUCCUCUGUUUUGUAUUAUUUGGCCUUUUCUGGUUAUUGAUUAUAGGAUUUAUUUGUGUGACACUGUUUCUCUUGUUAUGCAAAGGAUGAGAAAGUUGCUAUAAAUUAAGAUUUGAUGCUUUCAACUGCUGUCUUCUGAGUAUUACGGCAAAAAAAAAAAAACACAACACAAAGGCAGGAAAUAGUGCAAUCCUCAUUUUCCAUCUCUUUUUUUUUAAGUCAGUGAAUUGACUUUUUUCACUUUAUCAAGUUUAUUUGGAUGUACUAAAAGCUUUAAAAAAAUAUCUGUAGAAAUUUUAUUGUACAGUGCGUGUAUGACUUUUAGAGCAUGUGAAGCUGUUUUCUUAUUAUGCUACAACACAAAGAAUACUCAAGCACAUGGACUCUUCAAAAUCCACUGAAAAAAA